AUGUUUUCCUGGGUCUCAAAUCUCCAUCCCCUUUUGUCCUCGACGCCGUCACGUUCGAGGUCCAUCCGCGCGCAGAGCUGCCUCGGAGGCCGCCCAGCCACCCGCCCACUGCUGCGCUCGCUGGGCUUCCCCCAGCGUUACUCGCGUACCUGUCCAGCUACCUGUGCGACCGCAACGGCAGUUUUCCUGAUUCCGAGAGGUCAUUGCUGAACCGCAAAGAUCGAGAUCCGGUCGAAUUGCCGUUUCUUGAUGCACCACAGUUCGUUGCUCGUGGUGGGUUCGGAGCCGUUUGGGUUGCUCGACUCCUACGCACGACGAGCUCGACCAAGGCCGCCGGUGAAGAGGACUCGGGAUGGUGGUCUGUGCCACGUCCACCAGCAGAUGCGGCGGGGCACCUACUAGGCCAAGGGCAACGAAUUUCGAUGCCAACGGACCGAUCCUCAAGGUGUUCGACGACCAGAUCGAAUCGGGUAUUCGAGAAUCGCUCUUUUAUGAGCAUGUCUUUCCGCUGUUGCCAGCCGAGCUUCGAGCUUUUCUACCCCGUUACUAUGGGACGUAUCGACCCGACAGACAACGAAGGAUUGUUUUGGCGCUGGGUUACGGAGGCCGUCGACUCGAGGCUGCCGAUAGAACUCCGGAGCUGCAAGAGAAAGCCAAGUGAGAUCUUGACGACCGUAGUCAGACCGUGCCAGGGUUUCUGGAGUAGAUGUUAGGACGAACGCUGACGAGUCCUUACGAUUGUGACCAUUCGUGUCGUCUCUUUCUCCCAGUGCGCGUAUCGACGCUUUUAUCGACACGGCAUCAACCAUGGGGACUGUGAGGCACGCAACAUCCUGCUACGCGACGACGGCUCGCUGUGCCUGAUCGAUUGGGGUUCUGCCACGCUCAAUUUCAGCCGACAGCUUCGAUGGCUCCAAACGCUGAGGUUCCGCGACAGAUAG